AUGGGCGGUGGCUCCGAAGGCUCCGAAAGGAAUGCACAUGGCGCACAGCAACCGCUGGUGGACCCCCGAGGAUGGACGGCUGGCGCGUGGCACGUGGAGCAGGAGGACGAGGUGCUGCUGCAGCACGUGUGCGUGCACGGCACACGCAACUGGAGCAAGCUGCGCGCCUCGAGGCUGCUGCCACCACACCGCGACAACAAGGCCUGCUGCAACCGCUUUAUCCUCCUUAAAAGGGCUGCAGAUCUUGGCAUUCUACAGCCAGCGGGGGGAGGAGAAGGUCGGAUCUGGUCUGAUAGAACCCAGUCUCUGUCCUUCCCUCCUCCCACUUGUUCUGAUCCUCUCCGCUCGCUCUCCCCUCUCUCCUCUCCCCCUUCUUCUCUCACCACCCCGUCCUCAUCUUUCCACUCUUAUUCCCCAUGUUCUCUCAUCAGACGGUUCUUGGAGACACAAGGCACAGGCGUGAGCACCACCACCACCACCAGCAGCAGCGGUGCGGCGAGCCUGGCACCCACUGCUGGGGCGUGGUGCUCUUCUUUCUCUUCCUUCGCCGCCACUCCCCACUUCCCACCCGCUCCUCCCCCUCUCCCUCCUCCUUCUCUUCCUCCUCAUCCUGCUGCGCUGGCCUCUGCAGCGGCAGCAGCAGCACAGCACGCGGCGCCGUCGGUGGAAUGGGAGGUGGCAGCAGCGCUGCUCAACGACGACCACGAUGGCGCCAAUGAUGCUGCCCUUCAUGCUGCUGUUGCCGCUGCCACUAACGAUGCCGAUGAAGCCGCUGCCUUCCAAGAGAGUCCACCAGUCAUCACAGCGGGCGAGUCAGAGUGGAGUGCGGGCGGCGCAUCAACAGCCAUGACGGAUCCGUUGGGCCUCUCGUGGGCUGCCACACCUGCACUCGCGCCCACCGCCGGCACCACACAUCCACUUGCCCCCGGAUCACCCGUGCUCCCUCUCUCCUUCAACCCCUUUUCACCACCACCACGCUCUUUCCUAGCCCGCCCAUCCUAUAUCCCUGCCCAACUCCACAGCCGUGUCACCGACCCUCACAGCCUCAUCACCAAACCUCACAGCCUCGUCACCAACCCUCACAGCCUCGUCACCGACCCUCACAGCCUCAUUACCGAACCCCACAGCCUCAUCACUGAGCCUAAGAAUCUCGUCACCGAACCUCACGGUCUCGUCACCGAACCUACGAAUCUCGAUACCGAUCCUCACGGUCUCAUCACUGAUCCUCACGGUCUCGUCACCGAUCCUCACGGUCUCAUCACUGAACCUCACGGUCUCGUCACCGACCCUCACAGUCCAAUCACCGAUCCUCACGGUCUCGUCACCGACCCUCACGGUCCCAUCACCGACGCUCAGGUUUUCUUCACCGUUCCUCACAGCAUGGCGCCACUCCCACAGUUUCACCAUGCCCUCCUCACCUGCGCCCCUGCCUCCCACUCCUCCCCAGCAAUGCCCUCUCCCUUCACCCCGCUGGCUGCUGCCCCGCUCCAAGACGUCACCAACUCGCCCUUCUUCUGCCUGCCCCGCCUGCCCCCUGCAAUGCUCACCGCCAACCCCUCCGCCUCUCUGCCCCUCGCCGCCUCCUCACACCCCUCCUCACGCCCCUCCUCCUCCCUCGCCUCCCUCCCUCGCCUGCCGCAUGCAGCUUGCCCCGCCUCCGCGCCUGGCGUCCAGCGUGCCCUCCUGCGUGCCCUCCUGCGCUCCUACUCGCACUCACACGCCCUGCCCACGCUGCACUCCCCGCCGUCCCUCCUCAAGUCCCGCCAUCGCCACAGCGCCAUCCCCACAGCACCAUCCCCACAGCGCCAUCGCCACAGCACCAUCGCCCCAGCACCAUCCCCACAGUGCCAUCGCCACAGCACCAUCGCCAUAGCACCAUCGCCACAGCACCAUCGCCCCAGCACCAUCCCCACAGUGCCAUCGCCACAGCACCAUCGCCAUAGCACCAUCGCCCCAGCACCAUCGCCCCAGCACCAUCGCCCCAGCACCAUCGCCCCAGCGCCAUCGCCACAGCACCAUCGCCCCAGCACCAUCCCCACAGCGCCAUCGCCACAGCACCAUCGCCCCAGCACCAUCGCCCCAGCACCAUCGCCCCAGCACCAUCCCCACAGCAGCAGCGGGUGCGGGGUUCACGGCGGCCGCACAUCCCGCGCAGCAGCAGCGGGAGGGAGACAGGGGGCGCGGAGGCAGGUGUGGGCGGGGAAGCAGGGGGGGGUGAUGGACGAGGGGCAGCAGAGGGCGGCGUUCAUCGACAGCAUGGCGCACUACCUGGGGCUGCCCUCCCCCCCUGCUCUCACCCCCGCUGCUGCCCGCUCUGCACCCCCCACCUCCACUGCUGCUGCUGCUGCUGUUGCGGGUGCCGGUGGUGGUGGAGGUGAGGUUGGUGAGGGGUGUGUGGCGGAUGCAGCAGGGAGGUGA